AAGCUCUGGCUCGAGCGAUUCCUUCCCUCACCCAGCUCGCCGACCGCGAAGCGCGGAACGCACUGCGAUGGCGAACCCGACGAACCCUUCGGACCUUGAGGGGCUGUUGGAAGAGCGGCCGGAGGCGGCGCCCCGGCGCUGGGGCGCGGCGCGGUAUGCGGCGCUCGCGGGGCUUCUCGGCCUAGCGGCGCUCGCGCUGGCGAAGGCCGGGUCUUUGGCCAAGUUGCGCGGGGCCACUGGCGAGCUCUUGGGGCUGGAGAGCAUGUCGGACUGCUUCAAGGUGGGCAUGUUCUACACCAACCCCCACAAGAUGAUGGGCACUGAGCGGAUGAUGGAGGAAACCGCCGUGAUGUGCCAGCAGCGUUGCAGCCAGGUGGGCGGCUGCGCGCACUUCACUUUCUGGCCGGACGGGGGGUGCUUGCUCAGCGGGCCGGAGGCCACUUUGAAGGCGACGCCGUUCCAGUUCUCCGAGGCGGUGACGGGGCCCCCGGAUUGCCGCUUCGUGGAGGAGCCUGAGGCGGUCAGUACUUGGGGUGCUGAUGCCGCCCUUGGCGGUGUCCAGCAGGCGGGGGAGAAGGUUGCGGAGGUGAAAGAGAAGGUUGCGGAGGUGGCGCCGCCUUCUCCGGGCGUGAACGGCACGGCCUGCUCCGCGUACCCCGCCUGCAUGAUGAUGGGCAUGAACCAAGGGGACUGCUGUCCCAACGCCGACAAGGUGAGCUUGGGCUGCUGCUCGGGCUUUCCACCGCCCAUCCAGCAGGUCAAGAUGGUGCCGGGCUCGGAGUGCUCGAGCUUCCCGGCCUGCGUGAUGCUCAACGUGACUGGGGCCUGCUGCCCCACCGCCACGGGCACACGCCUGGGCUGCUGCGGCAUGUGAGCGCGGCAGGUUUUCCCCGUCCGGGACCAUGGGCCUCUGUCGACCUGUGACUCCCGGUGUCUCACCACUUGCCUGGUAGCGGUUGCAUGCGUCGUCUCUUUUGGGGCGAUGUUUGGGUCGUGCAA